AUGCCGGCGUUUUCACUUCUACCAAAUUCACCGAAACCUGACUUUGACAACUAUCGUCAAAAGCCAGUUCCAGAAGACCUAGAAGAGCAAGACACGUUACUCCAAAAGAACAUUUCAGGAUCGCUUUGGUCAAAGCCCUGUCGAGGCAUUGCGUACGCGAACCUAGUGGCUGUGUCCCUAUUCCUUUUCACAAUUGUUGUCGGAUCGCUCGCAUGGCUACGCGUAUCUGCGACACAGCAAACCGACGAAGCACCGAAACCAUCAAAGGCGUACACCGAUUGCGGUAGCAACUACUCAACAGCAAUCGCAGCCGGAUGUAUAUAUGAUAUUGUUGCUCCCCAAUGGACGCCACCAGAGUGCUACAAUGCAGCCCUAUCCGAAGAAUAUGCUGCGAAGAUCCCAAAACCGAUGUUCUUCCGUUGGGAAAAUCUCACAGAGCCGAUACCAGAAGACCCCGUGGAGAUCUCAAAACAUGAUACAGUCUGGACAUUCGACAAAUAUCAUACGAUACAUUGUGUAUACAUCCUUGAGCUUGCAGCAUUAGCUGCGUCGAUGGCUUCUUCUGGCAACCAGGAUGUUUUCUUGAAUCACGUUGCAGCGAAUUCCAAACAUACGAGGCAUUGUACCGAACUGUUAUCAGGGAACAUUAGCUUUCCAGGCGAGACGGAGAUUCAUCGUCCUGGAUCCGCGCUUCGCUGCAAGGGAUUGAAGUCUUAG